AUGACAGCAACCUCUGAGGAAGCUGAACUCUGCUUUCCACAGCUCAACUCAUCCUGCAGGAAGAUCAUGCGUCCUCACUCAGUGUCCAUGCUCAUCUACAUCACCCUGUCCUCCAUCUCUGUGCUCACUGUGGUUCUCAACCUGCUGGUCAUCAUCUCCAUCUCCCACUUCAAGAAGCUGCACACUCCCACCAACCUCCUCCUCCUCUCACUGGCUGUCUCUGACUUCUUUGUGGGCAUUUUCAUGGUUUUUCAAAUUUUCCAAAUAGAAGGCUGCUGGUUCCUGGGUGAUCUCAUGUGUUCUGUUUAUUUUGUUUUGGACUAUAUUGUCACCUCAGCCUCAAUUGGAACAAUGGUGCUCAUAUCGAUCGACCGCUAUGUGGCCAUUUGUUAUCCUCUACUGUAUCCCACCAAAGUCACUCAGACCAGGGUCAAGAUCUGUGUUUCAGUGUGUUGGGUGGCUUGUGUUCUCUGUCACUGUCUGAUACUAAAAGAUAAUGUUGAACAGCCGGGCAGGUAUAAUACUUGUCUUGGAGAGUGUGUGGUUGUUAUUGAAUAUUAUGCUGGGAUCGCAGAUGUUUUUAUAUCCUUCAUCGGCCCUGUGACUGUUAUUGUGAUUCUGUAUGUGAGAAUAUUUGUAGUAGCUGUGUCUCAGGCCCGUGCUAUGAGGUCUCAUAUUAAAGAUGUCACACUUCAGGGUUCAAUCAGAAUAACUGUGAAGAAAUCUGAGCUGAAGGCAGCCAGGACUCUGGGAGUUGUCAUCGUCGUGUUCUUGUUAUGCAUCUGCCCUUAUUUCUGUGUUACACUUUCAGGUGACGACGCCACGGUCAGUGCUUCCUCUGUGGCUUUUGUAUUGUGCCUCGUUUUUGUAAAUUCCUGUCUAAACCCUCUGAUAUAUGCUUUUUUCUAUCCAUGGUUCAGAAACUGCAUGAAAAUGAUCUUUACGCUCGAAAUUGUGAAGCCUGGAUCAUGUGAGGCCAACAUACUGUAG